UAGUUGUGUAGUUUUUACAGAGCUGCUGGGGGAACUCCGCAGUGCGCGUGCCCUCCUCGGACUGGCUCCAUGUCAGUUGGCCGAGAACAAAAGCCUCGAGAGGAGCAUCCAGGAACCGAGAAGAUCAGAAGCUCCACAGCAGGUAACCAUGGCGAUGCGAGGUCACUCCUCAGGUUCACUGCUGAGUAACCACACCAAGGAGAGAGUAACCAUGGCCAAGGUCACACUGGAGAACUUCUACAGCAACCUCAUCACCCAGCACGAGGAGAGAGAGAUGAGGCAGCAGAAGCUGGAGAAGGUGAUGGAGGAGGAGGGUCUUCCUGAUGAGGAGAAGCGGGUGAGGCGCUCUCAGCACGCCCGCAAGGAGACAGAGUUUUUGCGGCUAAAGAGGACGAGACUCGGGCUGGACGACUUCGAGAGUCUGAAGGUCAUCGGCCGAGGAGCGUUCGGAGAGGUGCGUCUGGUGCAGAAGAAGGACACGGGUCACGUUUACGCCAUGAAGAUCCUGCGUAAAGCAGACAUGCUGGAGAAAGAGCAGGUUGGUCAUAUCCGUGCUGAGAGAGAUAUCCUGGUGCAGGCAGACAGUCUGUGGGUGGUGAAGAUGUUCUACAGUUUCCAGGAUAAACAGAACCUGUACCUGCUGAUGGAGUUCCUGCCUGGGGGAGAUAUGAUGACCCUGCUGAUGAAGAAGGACACCCUGUCGGAGGAGGAGGCCCAGUUCUACGUGGCGGAAACGGUGCUGGCCAUCGACUCCAUCCACCAACUGGGCUUCAUUCACAGAGACAUCAAACCGGACAACCUGCUGCUGGACUCGAAGGGUCAUGUGAAGCUGAGUGAUUUCGGUCUGUGUACGGGUCUGAAGAAAGCUCAUCGGACUGAGUUCUACAGGAACCUCAGCCACAGCCUGUCCAACGACUUCACCUCCCAAAACAUGAACUCUAAGAGGAAAGCAGAGACGUGGAAGAGGAACAGGAGGCAGCUGGCCUUCUCCACCGUGGGGACUCCGGACUACAUCGCCCCAGAGGUGUUCAUGCAGACUGGAUACAACAAGCUGUGUGAUUGGUGGAGUCUGGGGGUCAUUAUGUACGAGAUGCUGAUCGGUUAUCCUCCGUUCUGCUCAGAAACUCCUCAGGAGACGUAUAAAAAAGUGAUGAACUGGAAAGAGACGCUAAUCUUCCCACCUGAGGUUCCGAUCUCUGAUAGAGCAAAGCACCUCAUCCUCAGGUUCUGCUGUGAAGCGGACCAUCGUAUCGGAGCUGCCGGAGUGGAGGAGAUAAAGAGGAACCUGUUCUUCGAGGGAGUCGAUUAUGACCAUAUAAGGGAGAGACCAGCAGCGAUCCCCAUCGAGAUCAAAAGUAUUGACGACACCUCAAACUUUGACGAGUUUCCUGAGUCAGACAUCCUGCAGCCGGCCGCUGUAGUCAGUACUCAUGCAGACGCGGACUAUAAGAAUAAAGACUGGGUGUUUAUAAAUUACACCUACAAACGCUUUGAGGGUCUUACAGCACGGGGGGCCAUUCCAUCAUACAUGAAAGGAGGAAAAAGAUGAGUGCAGCGCCCCCUACCUUCAUCCUGCUCAACACGGACCAUAGUUACAUUACAGUCAUGUCAUACAUGCACAAAACUGUGCAAAAACCCCAACUUCAUUUAUUUCAUCUCCAGUCAAAACUCAAACCAGCUAUUUAAAAAAUGACUGAUUUUCAGGAGAUAUGUGUAAAGACAUUGGAUAUAAGAUAAUCCAUGCGCAUUAGGAAGAAGAGUCAAAGAAAAAAAGUGAAAAAAACAAGAAUUUCUAUUGAAAGAUCCAAAAGAUCUCUUAACAACCACCUGGAAGAGCUGGUCGACCCCAAAACUGCCCCCAUCAGAUAAACAGCACUUAAAGCUUUCAUCUUUGAGAGAGAGGAGAAAAUCAAGCUGCAGAUCUGACAAAGAAACUUAUAUUUAACAGCUGUUUUGUCUGGAAAUUAAAUAAAUGUAAGGGGUCUGAUUUUUGCACAGCACUGUAUCUACAACAAAACUGGUUUAUAUUCAGCUCUUUAACUGUAAUACACACGUCUGAUACACGUCGCGUUCCGUCACAUAUCAUGCACAUAAGAACUGGACACAGUGCUUUGUCCAGGCCGUCCUUCAUGGCUGUACCGUCCACUCUUUACCUGAGAUGCAGAAAGUGCAGCAGACCUAGAGGCCUUUUGCCUCUGAGGAGAGUUAAACAGCAGCUGUUCACAGCUGCAUUAAAGGAAAACUCCAAAGUUUCUCAACCUGACCUCCUCCUGCUGCAUCAGUGGACAGUUAAUUACAGCAGACAGUGAUUUCAACACGUUUCCCUCAACCUGCUGACUCUAAACUCACUUAUUGUAGAAGCCCAUUGGCAGAUUCAACAUUUAUGCAAAACAUAUUUCGAAAGAAAGCAUUAAUUUCACUCUAACUCAAUUUUUUAAGAUGUAAACAGACUCAUUCAGAGCGGUUCAGAGCCGUUCUGAGUGGUUCAGAGUGGUUUGGUG